AGUUUAUUAAAGAAGUUAUUUAAAUAGUUCAGAAAACAUAUUUCGUUCAUAUUCAUCUCUUGGCUGCUGCGAACAUGGAGGGAGGGGAAGAAAAAAAAAAAAAAAAGGAAAAAGUCCCGUCCACGCGCUUCGUGACAAACUACAGAAAAAGGUGUGUCACCUGUGUGACGUCACGCCGUACCUGAGUUUCGGUGAGCAGGAAGAGGAGGAGAAGGGAGGUCGAGAGAAAAACAUCAGCUCGCCUAAAGUUCUCGCAGUCAGGAUGUCCGUCACGCCUCGCCGUGUCCGCCUGAAGCCCUGGCUCGUGGCUCAGGUGGACUCCGGACGGUACCCGGAUCUGGUGUGGAUGGACCGGGAGUCCAUGCGCUUUAGGAUCCCAUGGAAACACGCCACGCGACACACACCCCAGCAUGAGGAUGAGGACACCAUAUUCAAGGCAUGGGCCGUGGAGACCGGGAAGUUCCAGGAGGGAGUUGAUGAACCUGAUCCCGCCAAGUGGAAAGCCCAACUUCGAUGUGCCCUAAACAAAAGCCGGGAGUUUAAACUCAUCUAUGAUGGCACCAAAGAGGUCCCUAUGAAUCCCCUGAAGAUCUACGAUGUCUGCGACAUCCCACAGUCUCACAGUAACCAAGCCCCUUCAGAUGCUGGUUCUCAGACUCCAUAUGACGAGGAUCUUGGUGAGGAAGAUAUUCCAGAUACACCAGAGUCUCUUCCUCCUUAUCCAUCCAGUGACACCAGUCCUUCUCCACAUAUAAUGUGGUCUCCGAUGGGUUCAGAUUCGUCCAUUCAGCCUCCUAGCUGCCCUCCUUCGAACGAGGUGUGGGUCAAAGAGGAGCCUGUUCACAUCUGGCCGAAAGAGGAGCCAACAGAUGUGGAGAUGCAGCCCACUCCCAUGGUUGACCAGCCCACUGUUCCUCUUCCUGACUCCACUCUGCAGCCGGCUCCUCUAACCGACGCCUUCUUUGCCUCCCCAGAAAUGUGGAUCAGUUCCCUCCCAAUGACGGACCUGGAGGUGCAGUUCCUGUACAGAGGGAAGGAGAUGUGUCCCACCAUGACUGUGAGCAACCCACAGGGCUGCAGGUUGUUCUACGGGGACCUCGGACCCAUGGUCAACCAAGAGGAGCUGUUCGGGCCUGUGAACCUUGAACAGUUGCGCUUCCCGACCACUGAGCACAUUACCAACGACAAGCAGAGGAUCUUCACGAACCGCCUGCUGGAUGUCAUGGACCGAGGCCUGAUCUUGGAGGUCAGUGGUCACGAUAUCUACGCGGUCCGUCUCUGCCAGUGUAAGGUGUACUGGUCCGGCCCCUGUGCGCCGAACCCAGCUGCACCAAAUCUUAUUGAACGGCAAAGGAAGGUCAAACUCUUCUGUCUGGAGUCUUUUCUAAGUGGUGUGAUAGCUCAUCAGCGUGGUCAGACUCCGAGCCCUCCUCAGUAUGAAAUCGGUCUGUGUUUCGGGGAGGAGUGGCCCGACGGAAGACCAAGGGAGAGAAAACUCAUCAUGGUCCAGAUCAUUCCUGUGGUGGCUCGAAUGAUAACGGAGAUAUUUUCUGGAGACAACACCCGGUCAUUUGACAGCGGCAGCGUUCGCCUGCAAAUUUCAAUCCCAGAUAUAAAAGACAAUAUAGUGACCCACCUAAAGCAGCUGUACAGCCUGCUGCAGAACCACCAGGGUCAAGAGGGCUGGGCUUUACCCCCAGGUCCAGGUCUGAACAUCGCCCAGGCUCUGCAGUCUCAGUGA